AUGUCCAUGGAGCCUGCCCCUACUGAGGUACCAACUGUUGCCACCUUGUCCACUAAGGAAACUAAGGCGCUCAGGUCGUUGCAGAUCGCUCGUGCUGGAGCUCUGGCGGCAGUGUUUGGGGAACUAUGUGGUCAACCAUGGCCGCCGCAGCUGAGCACUCUCUGGCAUGCGCUGCUACUGGUCGCAAUCGCUGGCUUGACACACUUUGCCGCGGGUGGCGCUGCAGUGGGUGAUUUCGGCGAGGUGGUGUGUAUCCAGCCGAGUGAGUGUACAGAAUCGAGUGCAGGUGCACAGCCGGAUUCUUGGACAAAGGCUGGUGUAAGCCGAGAUGUGUGCAGCAAGGUCCAAGCACUAAUGCGUGCCUUGACCAGUGCGGCCUGUGCUAGUAAACAGGGCCCUGUACAGAGCCAAGAACCUGUUUGUGAACAGUUUGGAAGUUGGAAGGAAGAAACCAAAAGAGCCACUGGCCAACAAGAAAAUCAAAAGAAAAAUCAAAAUGAGAGACAAGCAAAGGGGCUGAAGGCCAAAGAAAGGAAAUCCAGUCCCGUAGGAUACCAACCUUUGCUCCUAGCGGUGCUGCUGACUUCACCGAGAUGGAGAAUGAAUUUCCCAGCGUUCCAAACCGCACCUAGCGGCAGCAAGGACCGGUGGAGAAGAGCAGAGUGGGGGGGCAAGAUGUUGCUUGUCCGUGAGCAUCCCACUGUGCGGGUCAACAAGUUCCACCCCUUGCACAAGACCAACCCGGUGGAUACCACUUGCUUGGGCGAUGCUCGUUGCACCAUUGCCUUUGAUGUGGAAACUGGUGAGAAAAUGGUGUGGAAAGAUGAUUGGAAGUGCCGUCCGGAGAGGGGCACCUCCCGUUGGAUGGGCUUCACCAUCUUUGUGAUGAAUGAGGACGAGGCCGCCAACCCAGGCUACAUGGCCACCCAAUUGCUGACCAGGGAGUCCAAGCCAUCGUUUCGACUGAGGAUGGAAGCAGCGACUGCAGCCUCUUCAAAAGUAGCUGCCUCAGGAUCCGCUGCUGUUAAGGUGGAAGCGAUGACUGGGAAGGCACUUCCUCUGCCUCUUCAAGAUGUUGGAAGUGGCGUGAGGAAGGCACCCCCUCCUCCAUGGAUUGGUGCCGCAGUCGAUGUGGAACGAGGAGCAGCAAUGUCUGCGAUGAUGCCGCCGCCAGUCCCAAUGGUUGUCAACUACGGAUACCUUGAUAUGGGACGCCGUGAUGAUGGUUUCCCUGCGCAGCAGCCGCUGCAAUGGGAUGUGAUGGCCAAUGUUGGGCGUCAGCAGCUGGUGGACGAAAGUAGUGAAUGCUACCCUGAUGAGCUGCGACCUCCUCGAGAUUUGUGUCUGCUUGGGGCUAUGCCGACCUCGAGACCUAUGAUGCCUUCAUCCCAAGGAAUGCCUGGGUUGGACGGAUCUAUGGGACCACCUUCUGUCCAUUCUGGAACUAUGGUGCAGGGCCAGAUCGGUUCUCCAGCACCUUCGGAUGGGCCUGUGGUGGUGCAGCGCCAACCACCUGCAGCAAUUGCCCGUGGAAAGGCUGCUAUAGCGUCGACGUCGGCUCCGAAGACGUUUUCGCCGUGCACUACUGAGUGGCCGAGGCAGCAGUAA